CCCCGCGUCCACGCUACGCCCCCGUGCCGGCUUCUGCGGUCGCCAUGACGGCGGCCGUGUUCUUCGGCUGCGCCUUCGUUGCCUUCGGGCCUGCGCUCGCCCUCUACAUCUUCACCAUCGCCACCGAGCCGUUGCGCAUCAUCUUCCUCAUCAUCGGAGCUUUCUUCUGGCUGGUGUCUCUGCUGCUUUCUUCCUUAAUUUGGUUCAUGGCAGCAACCCUUACUGAUAACAAAGAUGAACCAAGACAGAGAGAUCUGCUGAUCUUUGGAGUGUUAAUCUCAGUCCUUAUCCAAGAAGUGUUCCGGUUUGCAUAUUAUAAACUUUUAAAAAAAUCCAGUGAGGGUUUGAAGAGUAUAAACCCAGGUGAGAAAGCACCCUCUAUGCGAUUGCUGGCUUAUGUUUCUGGAUUGGGCUUUGGAAUCAUGAGUGGAGUAUUCUCCUUUGUAAAUACCCUGUCUGACUCCUUGGGACCGGGCACAGUGGGCAUUCAUGGAGACCCUCCCCAGUUCUUCCUGAAUUCAGCUUUCAUGACGCUGGUGAUCAUAUUGCUGCACAUGUUCUGGGGCAUUGUGUUUUUUGAUGGCUGUGAGAAGAAAAAGUGGUACACCCUGCUUGUAGUUCUUCUGACCCAUCUCCUGGUGUCAGCCCUGACCUUCAUAAGUCCUUAUUCUGGAUUAAAUCUGGUGUUGGCAUACAUCAUCCUGGUGCUCACGGGCAUCUGGGCCUUCUUUGUUUCUGGAGGCAGCUGCCGAAGCCUGAAACUCUGCCUGCUUUGCCAAGACAAGGACUCCCUCCUCUUCAACCAGCGCUCCAGAUAACCUCCAAGGACCAGCGCUUCUCAAACAUUCCCAGAAGAUGGAGUACCAAGGAGAGGCCUCCCUACAAAAGCAGCAGGCGCCAUUUGCCAGUGUCACCAUUCCCUGCUAUAAGCAAGUCUCACCCUCAUCAUAACCAAGGAGCCCUUUCUAAGCCAACUGUCCCAAAAGGUGGGGGCAGCAUGACCAUCUGCCCUGAAGCUAACCACGGGCAUCCUUACGAGAUCUGCAUGGGUCUCCUAUUCACCCAGAACUCAUACAGCUGAUCUAGUCACAAGUUAAUGAUUACAAACUCAUUUAAAAAGUUAAGAUGAGCUAAAUGAGCCAUUUUAUUUAGAGUCAUGCCAGUUCUUUUUUUUUUAUAUACUGCAAUUUUAUUUCAGUCGCACAAAUGAAGUUAGCAUGUAGGAAAUUUAAAUGAAACAGUACGGUAAAAAUAGCAGAGAACCAAAAACUCUAAUAAGGAAGUCCACCUAAAGCAUGAGAAUUCAACAUUCAUUAGUGUUUCAUCUUCAGUUUUGAUUGACACUUGAUGCUUGCAAAUUUUGAAACAAACUUUGAGAUCAUGAUGACUAUUCUGAAGAGAUUUCAGCACCAGCACUAAGGUUUGUACAUUCAGUUGGUUUGCAAUUGACUUGUUAGCCAUUUACACAGUGUAUAGUACAGAUUUGUCACAGGUCAGGUCACAGUGUUGAAGGAAAGAAGUACCUUCCUGUAAUUAGAAAGGAUCCCUUAAACUGCACUCAGCUUAAGACAUGCAACGUACAAAAGCACAAAAACCAUCAUAAUAUUGCGGCUCCAAGGAACAUAGUUUUGAUAAGGAAAGUAACCUAAGCUUCUGCUUCCCGUUUUAAUUACUGAAAUCUCUAACAAUGACAAAACUGUCACAUAGGACAGUUACGUCAGUCCUGAGUCAACCUUUAUGGACAUGAGGAGGUGGCAGCUCGUAUUUGUUCCUUCCUGGUUGGCAAAAAUUAAAUGUUUGCCAGGUCACUGGAAAGCUUGUUCCUUAAAGGAAUACUUUUGUGAGUUAAAAAAAAAAAGAAAAAGAGCCCGUCUAUGGGAAUUCCCUGGCGGUCCAGUGGUUAGGCCUUGGUGCUCUCACUGCCGUGGCCCAGUUCAAUCCCUGGUCAGGGAACUAAGAUCCCACAAGCCAUGUGUCUCAGCCAAAAAAAAAAAAAGCACCUAAUUUAUUUUGUUUACAAAUACUUGUCAUACUGGUCCAACACCACUAAAAAGUGUAAGUGAACUGUGGCUUGACUGAAAAUUGAAAGAAGUUACAGUUCAAAAUCUAA